UGUGUGUGUGUGCGGACGCCUUUAUAAACCCCACUGGCUAUGGAAAAACAAUUUAACUGGGUUUAAUUUGUGUCCCAGCCCCCUUUCUCCUCCUCCUCAUCCUUUCUUUGCAAUUCUUUCUUCUCCUCUUUGCACUUCAGAGACUCGGGGAGCUCUUCUUGUUUCAUGUGUUUCAAUUGCGGAAAGGAGUGGGCCACUUUGUGGUUCAUUUCUCAUUAGAGACAUUUUCAGGUCUACAGAAAAUAUGCAGGAAUUUCUGAAGAAUACACUGAGGGGGUGACACUCUCUCUCUCUCUCUCUCUCUCUCUCUCUCUUUCUCUCUCUGUCCUUUCUCGACCUCAUGUUGACUGAAAGAGUUAAACGCGGUGAAAGUUUGCCUAGAGCCUAACCACUUUUUCCAUCCUUGCUGGAAAGUUUCCAGUGCUAUUUACAUGAAUGCAUCCACCUAACAACCAUUCAUGCCUGGUAGCCAGAUGACAUAUUUCAGCUAUCAGGACUCUCUGACUCUAAACACAAAAGCAUCAGUAGCCAUCUUAAGCCCACGAUAUGAGGCUGUAGAGUGGUGAAACAAUAGCCUGCAAUUAUAAAUGAAUUAAGGCAUGAAGGUGUUUUGGGUUGUAAACAAACUGUGGAUUUGUGGAUUUGUUUGUGUACCUUGACAUGCAUAGCCUAGCAUAGUUUGAUGGUUAUGCAGAGAGUGUUUUUUGGUGUAGUGUAGUCUUUGAAAUGAAUGAGGAGCGAAAAGUUCUGACGAGUCCAUUCCAAGGCGCAAACAAACCCUUUAUGUAAUCUUAUGUAAUGAGUGGUCAGAAUCCCAUUUAUGUCCCACUGAAGCUCCUUUUCCCAGAAGAGGGCAGUGAUAGGCGCGUUUUUUUUUCCGCUCCGCGGCUCAAAUAAUUCCUUUCUGGCAAUUUCUAACAUCUAACUGCUUGCAAAUCUCUCCAUCUCUCUCUCUCUCCUCUCCUCUCUUUCUCUCUCUCUCUCUCUCACACACACAUAGGCAACAUCCUACACAUCACACAGUGCGCUGUGUAGCUACAACCUGACGCGUGCUUGAAACACUCCUGCCGCUCAACCUUCUGGAAUAGUACACUAUUUUGAUACUUGAAAUGGCAUAGAAGAAAAGUCCUGCCGUAUCAACUAUUCGAUCGUUUUUUUGUUUGGCUUCUACGACUCAGUGGGACGUAUGUGGUAAUUCUCCUUGCACACUUUUCACCAACCUACUUUUGCGGUCAUCCCACUCCGGGAUGGAUCUGGUGGUUUCUGGUAGGAUGUCUCCAGCUGUCCGGUCAAGGAAUCGACCCCUGCAAGUAAUGCUGAACCAGAAGAAGAUCAAAGCCAGGAGGAAAAAACGCAAAGAAUUGUUGUUAAUACAGCUGUGCUUUUUUGGAGGGAUGUUUCUGUUCGUCACGGCGCUCUCCUAUCUCGCUGACGGGACAGGUUAUGACGUGUCCAGCUUCACGUCCUACGACGCUGACAGAGGCAUUGCUAGGAGACUGCUGUCCACAUCGGAUGACUACAAUGGCACGGAGGAGGAGGAGGAGGAGGAGAAGAACUGCACCUCCCCAGCGCUCCAUGAAUUCCCCACAGACCUGUUCACCCACCGCCAGCGCACAGAGGGGGCCAUUGCACUGCACGUCCUGUGUACUAUGUACAUGUUCUGUGCUCUGGCGCUGGUCUGUGAUGACUACUUUGUCCCUUCUCUGGAGAAGAUCUCAGAGCGAUUACACCUGAGUGAGGACGUUGCUGGAGCCACCUUCAUGGCAGCGGGCAGUUCUGCUCCAGAGCUCUUCACCUCCAUCAUCGGAGUCUUCAUCACCAAAGGAGACGUGGGCGUGGGCACCAUCGUGGGCUCGGCCGUCUUCAACAUCCUCUGCAUCAUCGGCGUCUGUGGCUUAUUCGCUGGGAGGGCAGUGAAGCUCACCCAUUGGGCGCUCCUAAGAGACUCGGCCUGCUACACCAUCUCAGUGGCCGCCCUGAUAGCAUUCAUUUACGACGAGAAGGUGUCCUGGUGGGAAUCCCUGGUGCUGGUUGUAUUGUACUUCUUCUACAUCCUCAUGAUGAAGUUUAACUCCCGUGCCCAGCGCUACUUUGAGAGGAAGGAGAAGAGUGUGAGGAACCUGGCCAAUGGGCUCACGGGCAGCACCGACAUGGAGGACCUCAACUGCGACGCCACGGCGGUCCUGCUUAAAAAAGCUAACUUCCAGUCGCAGCCGUCAGUGCUGAUGGUGGAUGAGCUGCUGUCGGCAUACCCCCACCAGCUCUCCUUCUCCGAGGCCGGCAUGAGGGUGAUGAUCACCGACCACUUCUCACCGCGCACGCGCCUCACCAUGGCCUCACGCCUGCUCAUCAUCGAGAGACAGCGUCUGUCCAACAGCAGGUCCUUCAGCUGCAGCGAGGCGGACAUAAUGGCGCACACCUACGACCGGCGUAGUCUGGAAAACGGCCUGAGCGUGAUCGACAGAGGGCUGAACGGGCGUUACGCCACCCACCGGGACGACAGCUCCGGAGGGGCGGGGGGACGGGGAGGGAGGAGGGAGCGAGGGGACGAGACGGAGAACGAGAACGAGGACAACGAGAACAACGCAAACGGCGAGGGGGACGGAGACGAGGGGGAGGGAGGGCCCUUAGUGCCAUUCCACGUACCAGUGGGCUGCCUGAACAAGCUGAAGUGGCUGAGCAUGUGGCCCCUGAGCCUGCUGCUGUACCUCACCGUCCCCAACUGCGCCAAGCCCCGCUGGGACCGCUGGUUCAUGAUCACCUUCAUCAUGUCCACCGUCUGGAUCGCCGGCUUCUCCUACAUCAUGGUGUGGAUGGUGACUGUGAUUGGGUACACCCUGGGCAUCCCUGAUGUCAUCAUGGGCAUCACCUUCCUGGCCGCUGGCACCAGCGUCCCCGACUGCAUGGCCAGUCUCAUCGUGGCACGCCAAGGCAUGGGUGACAUGGCCAUCUCCAACUCCAUCGGCUCCAACGUGUUUGACAUCCUGGUGGGGCUGGGCCUGCCCUGGGCUGUGCAGACGCUGGCCAUAGACUACGGCUCCUAUGUGCAGUUGAACAGCAGGGGCCUCAUCUUCUCAGUAGCCCUACUCCUGGCCUCAGUGUUCUUCACAGUGUUGGGGGUGCACUUGAAUAAAUGGACGCUGGACCGGCGGCUGGGCCUGGUGUGCCUGCUGACGUACGCCGUCUUCUUGAGCUUCUCCGUCCUCAUCGAGUUCAACGUCUUCAUGUUCGUCAACCUCCCCAUGUGCCAAGAGAUCAUCUGACAACCACGUCCGACAACACCUCCGGCUUCAUCCCACCCCCACCCCCCUCCCCCGCCGCUCACAUCCCUUCCUGUUUGCUUCAGGAAGACAGCUGAUGGUUGAAGAUGGAUGGAUGGAUUGAUUAAACGAUGAUGGAUGGAUGGAUUCUGACUUUAUAUUUGUUCGGAUAAAUUAUUAAAAGUUUUAAGAUAUUCAUUCUAGGUGCAAUAGAGACUGACGCCUCACGGGCUCUCUGUUGAUUUGUUUUGGAAAAUACUGGAAGGCAAAAAGAGAAAAAGAUCGCAUAGACUGAAAGACGGAGUCUGAGCCAAGCUAAAGAAGAGUUUGAGUGUGUCCGGGUCAGCGCGUUAUUUCAGCUGCUAUUCGACCGUGGUAACUGAAGAACGGAUCGAACGGAGUCAUUUUGAAGUCGAUAAGUGAGAUUCCGAGUUUUGGGAUAACAUGGUCUGACUCUUUGGAGAAACUGGAUCGCUCUAAGUAUAUAUGCUGAAUGUGAGGACUUGGACCAUCACCAAAUAUCUCUCGUCUUUAUCAGGGCUUUGUAAAUUCUUUUAGCAAAUACUGAAUGUGGAAGGGGCACACACACCCUGCUGGUUCUUCGUGAAUAGGGAAUCGAAACUUUCACAGAGAGUUCCUACGCUUUUUUUCUCCCAAAGGUGUGUUUUGAAAUUUGAGAGCUAUUUUUAUUUUAUUUCUUUUUUUCUCUGCAUUUGCCUUGCACUGUUAAGGUUACCAACCGGUGACCUUUGGGAAUAUGUUUUGCAUUAUUUAAGAUAUUUAUGUUUAUGUAACUUAUUGCUCAUCUUUUUUUAUAUUCUGUGCAUUGCCACCUUAUGGAGUUGAAGCUGCACUCUAAACAUCACAGUAGAUGUCUAGUACCUAGUUAUUUCCUGUGUUUGAUCUCCGUAUCUUUUAAUAAUUACAGAUUCAAAUGGUAGUCGUCCACAGUAGUUUCAUAAUACUAUGCUUUAAGCUGUUAAAGUUGAAUGGUGCAACUAUGGCUUUCUUAAAAACUUUUAAGUACUUUUAAGUGUAGAGUGCAAUGAAAAUGUUUCCCUGGUAGAGUUGUAUGGAGCCAAAUUUCUAUAUGUAAGACUGAAUGGUAUAUACACUGGAGUAGCCAAACAUAAGAUAUUUUAUUUAUGUACAAAUUUAUGUAUAUACAUAUUUAUGUGAGGUAGUGGUCUGCAAGCUAUCCUCUUUCGUCUGAACUUAAGCAGACCUUUCCAUAUUUAUUUGGCCGCGUCAUGUCAGGCAUGACGCAGUUUCUAUGGUAACGUUUAUAAACUGCAGUGUUGUAAAGACAAGACAUGAAAUAGACAUGUUGAUAUUUUAACACUGUAAAAUGUUUUUGUAUAAGUGUUGCCAGGUUUGCAAAAAGAAUUGCAGUUUUGUGUCCAUGUAAUUGUACAUUUUACCACAAGAGGUCGGUGUACUAGCUUAGUUGGAUGAAACAGGACUUCCCACUAGCAUGGGGUGAGUGUCUUUACCUAGUGGGUGUCAUGCAAGAGAUUGUAUUUAAAGGUACGCUUAUAUGCUUAUGAAUUCAGACAUUCAGCAUUUUUGGCCACAACACAUGAAUGCAUGACUGCGUAUAGCCAUGAGGUGUUAUUUUAUAUCAAAAGUCAUUUUGUGUUAGCAAAGGAUAACGGAAUAUAUAUAUAUAUUAUUAUUAUUAUAUAUAAUGUGCCACUCACGAACACUCCACUGUUUGGUUAGUCGUCAUGUCAUAAAAUCACAGUUUCAAAGGUAGUUGUUUGUAGUUUUGAGACAUAUGUAAUUAUACCUGUAUUUGUAUCAGUAAUAAUGAAUGUUGGCAGAGUUUCUGGUACUUUGAGGAAGAUGACGAAUUGGUGCAUGUUUCUUUUGUCAUUACUAGUCUACUGAAUGCAUAUAAGGACUAAUGCAUAAAAGGCGCUGUAUCAAUCACAAUGUACAUAUCAGUGAAAAACUCUCAGUAACAUAUUUGCAAUUGUUUAAAAGAAACAACUGAUGUAGGGCUAUGUUUUCUUAUCAUAGUUUACCUGUUUUUGGUUCCUAAAUGUCCAUAAAUCUUUUUCUUUUUUGUCCUUAAGGAUCCAAGUUCGCGAUUUCAUUGACAUUUGUAUGCGUAAAAGAAGCCAUUUGUACAACAAUUUGAGGCCUUCUGGCAAUAAAAUGGUUUACAUGCAGUAGAA